AUUUUGUAGUUUCGUUCGAACAGAAAAAGCGCCUGCGAGUUGUUCAUGUAUUUUAGUGGAUAUCCUUAUGAAUUUUGCCACCAACAAACAUGAACGCCCGCUCACACGUGUUUGAGCUGAUGGUAGAGGGGCGACAGAUUGAAGAAGUUGUUUUAAGCAUUUUCCACUCUGUCCUUCUACACAGAACACAUGGGAAGUUCCAGUACAAACAGGAGGGAAGCUACUCCAUUGGAACCAUUGGAUUACAAGAUGUUGACUGUGAUUUUGUUGACUUCACCUAUGUGAGGAGUGCUUCUGAAGACUUGGACAACUUGCUGAAGAAGGAAGUGUCAGCAUUCAGGGACAUGUUACGUAGUGUGGAUGCUCCACAUUCUGGUCAGAUAUCAUUAGAGUUUCACCAGAAAAAGCGGGCCAGAUGGCCCUUCCCAGCAGAGUGUAUCCCCUGGGAGGUAUGGACGAUCAAACUGGAUGUCAUCACCUUAGCUAAUGAACAUGAGCGUCAGAUCUGGAAUGAGAAGGUGGGAGAAUUGUUAUCAGAGAAAAUACUCUAUGUGGCGGACAUAUUAAACAGACAUGAGUACGUGCCAAAAAUGCCCAACCAAUCUGAACUUGAGCUCAUCUUCGAUACUAGCUUUAGUGAUAUACAGCCGUAUUUGUUUAAGAUAUCUCACCAAACUACUGGACCUACAUCAUCUUCUGUGGGAACAACCAUGAGGAAGCUUAUCAAGGAUACCUUAUCUUUAUAGACAGAAAAAUGUUCACCCCACAAGGGUAGAUGUUUUGUGGUGGUGUUUUACUCUAUGUAAUUGUGUAUUGUUAACAUUAAACAAUAUAUGUGCCAUGUUUUUAUACCAUAAGUUCAUAUCAGGGCUGUAUGACACCUUGCCAGUUAAAUGUUGUGUUUUUGGUAAUUGACUUUAGGAUGAGAUUUAAAAAAAAAAUGCAGAAUCAGGUUAUAGCUCGUCAUUCAAGUUAAGUUUUUUUUUAAAUUUGAGAAGUGAUACAGUAUGAAUACAUAAUUGUGAGACAAAUGUUCAGUCUGCUAUUGAAGUCUAGUACUGAUUGCUCAGUGAUGUAUAUAUUUCAUGCAUGUUUGUAAUUUAAUUUUUUUCAAUAUUGUAUAGGCAAAGUGGUAAGUGUUCUAUUAUGUACAUAUUAUGCCAUUGUUUUGAGCUUAGCUUUGUAAGAAAAGUUAAACAUCUCAAAUGGAAUGGAUAGUCAGUACCUAAUUAUUCAUAUAUGUUUUAGAUUAUUGUAGUCAUGAAGAGUGAAGUUAAUUAAUACUCAUGAGAUUUGUUGUUGUAGUUCCCAUACUUAUGGUUGAUAACAGUUACAUUUUCCAUUACAUGAAGGCAUCCUCAUGAAAAUGUUUCAGGUGGAAUUCAGUUCAAAAUAGUUGUAUAUGCAUUGAGAUAGCAUGUUAUCAUCUGUAUACCGAGAUACAUUGUACCUGGUAAAAGAGAAAAUCAUGUAAUUACUUAAAAUGAACAAUCUCCCAACAUAUUAGUCAGUAUGUAUAGCAAAGUCUGAAAUUCUUAUGGAAAACGCUUUUAGUGUGUUUUGAGUGUAUGCUGUUUCCAGCUAAAAGCUACAUGUAUGUUUGCAUAUUGAUUUGGAAUGAUAAAAAACAUCAGUUUACAAAAAUUCUUUUGUUGCGU